CUUCCCAUAGACGGGGAAGUCCACCGCUAUAUUUGAACGUGUCCGGUGUGAUUCUGAUCGAUUCUUUGCCAUGGCAUAGUUUACCACUAUGUUUCUGUUCGCUUAAGAUGUAUGCCUACAUGUCAUGCCAAGCGCAGAGAGACACACCCGCUAUAACCUUCAGGACACCUAUUCCGCCAUUGGUGUAGGAAACGCGUCUUACAGGAGCAAAGAGGUACCCAAUGCUUAAACGACACCUAACAGUCCUGUUUGAAAAAUGGCAGAAUUUGACAAUGUUCCCUUUGAAAAAUGGACAGAGGCUUUGGUAAGUUCCUGGCUGAGGUCCAUUGGCGUAAAAGAACAAUAUGUGACCAAACUCAACGAAGAGGAAGUGGAUGGGCGGAUUCUUCUGGAAUUAACGGAGGACUAUUUGAAAAAAGAAACUGGUAUGAAAUCUGGACCAGCUCUGCUGAUCAUCAAGAAGAGGAAUGAACUUGUUGAAUCUCUUCAGAGAGUACAAAAAGUCCACCGAAAUCAGGACAAUGUAAAGAGAGAAGACAGUGAUGCAAACAAUCCUCCUCAGACAACGGGCAAGACUUCAAAGGCCAAGGAAACUGACACACAGGCCUUGUCUGGGUUAACCUCAAAGAGAGACUGUAAGCCUAGGCCCUUAGGCAAAGAUGGUAUUGAUUUUACAUACAUCAAGCACAAUGUCCUACAGCCUGAAUCUGGGGUUAUAGAUCUGAUCGCUCCCUGUCAUGAGUACAAGUCAUUUGCUAUUGCAGCAACAUUAGAUCGCACAAGGCUACAGGCUAAAUUUGCCAAAGAGGUUCUCAAAUUUGGCACUGGUUGCAUGAACAUACGAUCAAAUGGCACCAUACAUUUUGGUGUAAUGGACAGUAGGGAUGAUGCUGGCUAUGUGCAUGGGGAGAUAAUUGGUGUUCCUGUGCCGGAAAAAGACAUCUAUGUUGAUGCUCUUGAUCAUAUUGAGAAAUCCCUUUCCUCUGCUGAUGGAGAGCAUGUGAGACAGUGCAUACGGCCACCUCAGUUUAUUGAGGUCAUUGAGAUGAACAGCUCAGAGAAGAGGUAUGUUGUGGAAGUCGACAUUGUACCUGCAAUAAGCAUUGUGAGGAACAGAGUGUACUCUGUUUGUCUUCCUAACUUUAAAGAGAAAUCCAACAAGGUUGAGCAUGAAAAGAGAACAAUCUACUGCAGGGUGGGCUCAAAAACAGAACCAGUUAGUGAUCCCAAUGAGUUUUAUGAAAGGGUGCGUGACAGGGAUGCCCGGAGAGAGGAGGCUGAACAGUCAUGUUUUGACAGCUGUCCAGACUUCAGCCAAGACCUUGGAAGAAAACUGACAAUGCUUGUAACCAGUGGCAAGAAAUUCAUUGAGAAGGAAAAGUGGUACAUUCUCAUCACAAACAAGUUUGAAAAAUUCGACCUAAGCAGCAUUGACUUCCUUUUGAAUAUGAAGAUCUUCUCUGUCUUUGACUUUGAUGCAGACUCUAAGGUGUCAGGAUUGUGCAGUGAGUACUUGAAGCAUCAUGCUGCAAACUUGCACUUCAUGCAAAAUUACCAAAUUCCCACUGGAAUGAGCAUCAGUGAAUUUGAGAGCCAUCUGCAUUUGUUUGAACAAACCAGUUGGAUAUUUUGCAAUGGACGCAAUGACUUCAAAGGAAAUGAGAAUCAGUGUGAUGAAAUGACAUGGAUCAAAACUAAAAUGACUCUCCUCCGAGAAUGUGUGUCAGUGAUUUGUAAACAGAUAUUGCCAAAAGGCACCUUCUUGGUGGUGUUCCUGCUGACAUCGCCUGUUGAAAAACCUCUACUUCACACCUUCAAUGAGUUCUUUACAGACAUGGAAGGUCAUGAGGACAUCAUAUGCAUCUCGGAAUCAGAAGAUAAUUUUCAGAAGUGGCAGAGCUUUGCAGAGGGGUCUUGUGGUGCAGAAAUGGUUAACCGCUCGAGUAUUGUUGGAAUGAAAAUGAGUCACGUCAAUGCAACCCUACAACGCAUCCAGCCGAUGACUUCACGCGCCUCAAAACACUUGCCAGUCUAUGUGAAAGGAGAGUGCAACCUUGAGACUCGUGAGGAAGAAAGGAUUUAUUCCCUCGAAAUCCUAAGUGUAAACCACUGUGAUGAAACCAGCUCUGAAUUUGUUGAAGAUCAGAGAGAAAGCAUUGAAAGGGAGUUUUAUCAUGGAGGGAAAGUUAAUUGGUUGAAUCUUUGGCUUGCUGACAAAAAGUUUGUUGGGGAGGUCAUCCAGAGGGAUGCUUACCAGGAAAUUUCUGACCUAAUCAAUGACAACCUCAAAAGGAAUAUUGACCAGCUGCCUGUCAGUUGCUUCAAUAUAUAUCAUCAUCCUGGCAGUGGUGGUAGUACAGUGGCAAGGCAAGUUCUUUGGAGCAGUCGAAAAGUCCUACGAUGUGCUGUUGUGAAACCAUCAUACUCUGUGGCCACAGUGUCAGAGCAUGCUUUUCAUCUCCGAGAAUAUGAGGAAAAGAACACCCAGAAAUGCCUCCCAGUUCUCUUGCUUUUGGAAGACUGUGACAAAGAAUACCAAGACGAUUUAAAGAAAGAACUGGAAGUAGCAGUCAACACCAAGAAAAUAGCACGUGGAACACUGUGUUUCGUUUUGUUGAGUUGCAGGCGGUCCCACAACCCAGAGAGAAUGUGUAGAGAGUCCCCAUUGGAGAAUGUUGCCAUCACGCACAAACUCUCAGAUAAGGAAAAGAGACUUUUUGCUGGGAAACGAAAGACACUUGAGCAACAGUACCAGCCAGAGUUCAUCUUGACCUUUGUUUUGAUGAGUGAAGAAUUUGAUCAUCAGAAGAUUGUUGAAUAUGUUCAAAAGUUUGUCACUCAUUUGCUUCAAGGGAUUGACCAUGCAUCGGUGGUGACUCGGCUCAUUCGCUAUGUGGCACUGCUGAAUACCUAUGUCCAGAACUCCUUCAUCUCUCAGUCUCACUGUGAGGCCCUGCUUGCCCUCACAAUCCACAUGGACAGAUUUCGUCAGCAUGCCUUUGAGAGAUCACUGAGUGAGCAGGCAAAAUUGGUCUUCAUACACCUCAGAGAUGACAGGACAUACAUACAAUCAGUCCGAAUAAUUCACCCCUUGGUUGCCAAGGAAAUACUGCAACAGCUCUUAGGUGAUCAGCUGCAAAGCCAACUGGCAUUGGAUCUACUUCGCGAAGAUGUGCUGUUUGAGAACAGGUUUGGCAAAGAUGAUUACAUGAAGUUUCUGCGAGCCCUGUUCAUGAGGCGUAGCAGAAUAAGCAAAGGUGAUGAAUCAGAUAGUUUCUUCUCCCCACUCAUUGACCAUGUGCGAGAGAAUGAAAGUCCUAAGCAGGCAAUUGAGCUUCUUACAGAGGCGUACAAGCGUUUCAACAAAGAUGCCUUCUUUGCUCAGCAACUCGCCCGUCUCAAUUAUCGUUAUGAUCAAUUUGAAGAUGCAAAACACUGGGCAGAAAUAGCAGCAUCUAAAAUGCCUACCAACUCCUAUAUACUAGACACACGAGGCCAAGUUUACAGAAGAUGGUUCACAGCAAAAUGCAAAGCACUUGACAAAGUAACUAAAACACCUGAAAAUACUGCAGAUGCCAUUGACAUGGCUCUGAAAGCAUUGGAAUGCUUUCAGCAGUGUGAAAAGGCAGCAAUCGCAGAUGUUGAAACCAUGAACAACUCAGGCUUUUUUGCUGCAGUUGAGGUUGGAUGCAGCCUGCUAAAACUCCUGUUUUCCCUACAGAUCUUCUCUAACAAGAACUACGGCAGUUCAGAGUGCCUGAAAUACCUGAUCACUGACUACAUUCCUGAGCCAGUUAUGAAACCAUGGGAACAUUUUCAUUGCAAAUUGAAAAACCUUCGGUUCUCAAUGUGUGAAGCAUUGGAGUGGAUAUCAGAGGACCUGAGCUACUUUCAGACUGAUUUGAGCACUGAUGAGGAAGAGACAACAGAAAGUUGUGAGACGAAAAUAAACCACCCCAAGAAUUGGCUGGUAAAUAAGUCCUCUGUGUACGGAAAGUACUUCUGUGAUGCGUCUCUCGAAACCAUCACAAAACAGAGUCAGUCAAACCCAGACAGUUGGACUCCCUUUAUGAAGCGUAUGCUGAUUUGUCGCCUUGGUGGGGGAAACAUCACCACAAUCUUCUCACUUCUAAGUGACCAAAAGGACAAAAACCAAGUAAAAGUACUCGAGGACAUCAUCUCAUUGUACCCAAGGAAUCCACUGAAAGCAAGGCUGGAUCAGAUGGAUCUUUCCAACUACAUAGCAACUCAUAUUGCUCUAAGUUGCCUCUCACCUCAGUCCCCAAAACUGGCCACUCUCAAGGAUCUUCAGAAACUAAGCCAACAGUUUCCCAAUGAGAAGCGUGAUUGCUUGUCAAGUGCUCUCUUCCUUCUUACAUUGCUUUUCUGGCCAGAGGAACAUGACACUGAGGAUGUGAAGGACAGCAAAUAUGGUAUAGUUCUCUCAGCGGUGGAGUUCCUCAAGCGCAGUUACUGGACAAAAAUGAAGGAUAUUCCACAGAGAAGGAGGAGGAUAUUCACUCAUUUUUUCUUGGGAAAUGGAAAUGGCUUUGAUAAGUUUGUCCACAAAACUAAAGUGGAAAAGAUCACAAAACUCCUGAGCGUCUCAGAAAAGAGGAUGAAGUGGUUUCGUGGGGAGGUGUGGAAGAUGCCAGAGAUUACAGAACUGUGCAAGCGCGCAACUGGCUGGACAGAGGACGGGACUGUGUACCUUGAAGGUCCACGGGAGAGGAAGUUCAAUAUCCCUGCUCUAAACACAGGUUCAGUGCCUUAUGGGAAUGAAAACGUCACCUUCUACUUGGGCUUCACAUUUAGAGGACCAGUGGCCUACAACGUAACAGCAAAGUUGUAGUUAAAUCAGAGAUAAUCAUGGAUUAUCAUGGGAUUUCUUUUUACUAUGAUUCAUGUUAUUACCAGAAGGGAAUAUUUACAGAUUAAUGCAAAAGACUCACAAGAUGCAGCCCAGAGAAAACUCUGUUGGACUUCAUUAGCCUAUUAUGUUUUAUGAAGAGUGUUUCCUUCUCCAUAGUCUUAAAACUUGAAUGUUUGUUGAAUCCUACCGUCCUUCUUUCCUACUCUUCUCAGACGUGCAUUUCUGUGUUCCACAUCCUCUCAUCAUAUCCUCAUUCAUUCUGUCAUUUUAUAGCAGCAGAAUAGCACACCACAUGGUUGCACUUUAUUUCCUGCCUUCAAAUGUUCCUGUUCUCUGAACAAACUGUGCUGUCACACAUAUUUUGGUAUGAUGUGUGUUUUUGAAUUCUUGCAGUAUAUUACAUGAGGGUCUGGGUCGGUACUGUCUGCACUUUUAUGUAAAAAGGCCUAAUUUCAUGCCUCAAAAGUUGAAUGACUGAAAACUAAUGCAUUUCAAGGACUUUUAGUUGUACAUGCUAAUGUUUAAUUGAAAACAUUUACAUGUGUUUUUAUACUGUACUUGUACUUUAUACAUUACUUUAUGUGUAUGUACACAUUUGUACCAUCUAUCAUUUCAGUGCUAAUCUUAAUGUUACAAAUACUGUUGGGCUUUUGUAAACACUGCUUAUCAUGUGUAACUGUAUAUCCAACAAUAUAUAAAAUCUAAUUUGAACUUGUC